CCGGCCGGGAGCCCGGCCCGCCCCGCCGCCGGCCGGGCAGCAACUCAUCCUCCGAAGGCUCCGUCCGCCGGCCCGCGGCAACCUACCGCCGCAGUAUAAAUAGCCAAAGCGGCGGAUUAAAAAUAAGCGCGGGGCCAUAAAUAGCCGGGGCGGCCCGGGGGCGGCGGGCAAAGUUUGCCGUUGGAGCGCGGCGCGCUGGCGGUGCGCGGAGGGGGGCCGCGGCGCGGAGAGCUGCUGCCGCUGCCGCCGCUGCUGGUUAAUUGCACAUUCAAGUGGAAAAUUUUCGGGAGUCAGCAGAAACAUUGUAUCCAAAAAAGACAAAGUCGCAGUUACAACACCACUGAGGAGAUUGUCUCUGGAAAACUUCCUUUCGGUUUAUAUCCUUUAAGACUCCAGGCUUAGGCUUGGAGACCCCAGCCAUCACCAUUGAGCCCAGCAGCUGGAGCGGCAGCGAGAGUCCUGCCGAAGAUAUUGAAAGAAUGAGCGAUUCUGCAGAUAAACCUAUUGACAAUGAUGCAGAAGGUGUCUGGAGCCCUGACAUUGAACAGAGCUUUCAGGAGGCUCUAGCUAUCUAUCCACCAUGUGGGAGGAGGAAAAUCAUCUUAUCAGAUGAAGGCAAAAUGUAUGGUAGGAAUGAAUUGAUAGCCAGAUACAUCAAACUUAGAACAGGGAAGACACGGACCAGGAAGCAGGUGUCUAGUCACAUACAGGUCUUAGCAAGAAAGAAAGUUCGAGAAAUUCAAGCCGCCAUUAAGGUGUCUAGUCACAUUCAGGUUCUUGCCAGAAGGAAAUCUCGUGAUUUUCAUUCCAAGCUGAAGGUAACAAGCAUGGAUCAGACAGCAAAGGACAAAGCACUCCAGCACAUGGCAGCAAUGUCAUCAGCUCAGAUAGUCUCAGCUACUGCUAUUCACAACAAGCUGGGCCUGCCAGGAAUUCCCCGUCCUACAUUUCCUGGGGCACCUGGGUUUUGGCCGGGUAUGAUUCAAACAGGGCAGCCUGGAUCCUCACAAGACGUAAAGCCAUUCGUUCAGCAGGCCUAUCCUAUACAGCCAUCAGUCACAGCUCCCAUUUCAGGAUUUGAGCCUACAUCAGCUCCAGCUCCCUCAGUUCCUGCGUGGCAGGGCCGAUCAAUUGGUACAACCAAGCUCAGGCUGGUGGAGUUUUCGGCUUUCCUCGAACAGCAGAGGGAUCCUGAAUCAUACAAUAAACACCUCUUUGUACACAUCGGACACGCUAACCAUUCUUACAGUGACCCGUUGCUUGAGUCGGUGGACAUUCGUCAGAUUUAUGACAAGUUUCCUGAGAAGAAGGGUGGUCUGAAGGAACUGUUUGGGAAGGGGCCCCAAAAUGCUUUCUUCCUCGUAAAAUUCUGGGCUGACUUAAACUGCAACAUUCAAGAUGAUACAGGAGCAUUUUACGGUGUCACUAGUCAGUAUGAGAGCUCAGAAAACAUGACAAUCACCUGUUCCACCAAAGUCUGCUCAUUUGGAAAGCAAGUAGUAGAAAAAGUAGAGACUGAAUAUGCAAGGUUUGAGAAUGGCCGAUUUGUGUACAGAAUAAAUCGCUCUCCAAUGUGUGAAUACAUGAUCAACUUCAUACACAAGCUGAAGCAUUUACCAGAGAAAUACAUGAUGAACAGCGUGUUGGAAAAUUUCACAAUUUUAUUGGUUGUAACAAACAGGGAUACACAAGAAACCCUGCUCUGCAUGGCUUGUGUAUUUGAAGUGUCAAACAGCGAACAUGGAGCACAGCAUCAUAUCUACAGGCUUGUAAAGGACUGAGCAGUUAUUUAUAUAUACACUUCAUUUCACUUCUUUAUCAAAACACAGACUGUAAACCUCAACACUAAGUGGCAGUGCCUCUGGCCCAACUUUCACCCACAUUUUUCUAAAUCCUGUUUUAGUGAAGUCAUUUUUAAUGUGUUCAUAUAUAAUUGUAGCUGUGAAAUUCUGGUACAGUUGUAAAAAUUAUUUCUAAAACUACAUGUUCUUCAAAUUUGUAACCACAGUUCCUUGGGAAGACUGUAUUUAAGAACCUACCGCCUCUGUCUGUGGAGGCCUAUUUUUAAUUCUGAUUGAUAGAAAAAUGUAUGACGGAGCAUUUGCCAUGGGGAAAAACUGAUAGCGCAUAUAAGAAUUUAUUUUGGGUUUUUUUCCAACAUGAAAUACUUGUUUUACAAUGCAAGUGAAAUUGAAAUGGAUCUUUAGCUAUAACUGUAAAUGAAUACACAAAGUUAAUAAUCUUUAUAGAAUUAUCUUUGUAACUAAUUAGGAUGGAACAUACGGACGAAUGUAAUUCACUAAAUUAUUUUGUAAACUGAAACGUUUUUCUGUUUGAAACCAAAUGAAAACUAUAGCCUUAAGAAAUGCCUGAUAGAAACAAACAAGUCCUAAAAUUAGGCAAAUUUUGUAUUUUUUUUCUCAAUGCUAAAACUAAUCUUCUAAUCCAUUAAACUUUCAAACAGGUAUUGCAGAGAAAGAAAUGUCAUCCCUUAUCCCUAACAUAUCUAGUGUAUUUUAAAAGAGUAUAAAGUUGUAUUGUACUAAUAUGAAAAUUUGAUUAUUUAAUGAAAAAGAUGGUUCAUUUUGCAAUAAGUAGGUAAAUACUGAAGAUUUAGACUUGCAUUAUAUGUAGUCUUGCGUGUGCGGUUAUAUUUUAUAUGGACGACAAUGUUUUCUAAUUAAGUUGAGCAAAAAACUUCCAACUCUGAAAUUAACAGAGGAAUGGAAACUGACAUUGCGACAGCAUCGUGUAGUUUGUAAAUGGAAAGAAAACACUAAUGUGUUUGAAAGAAGAGUAUGUUCAUCUCUGAAAGGAUCAACAGCUUUAAUAUCUAUGAGAUACUAGAAAAAUCACAACCAACAUCAGGCAAAGAAGACUGGAAAGUGGAGAGGUUUCUUCUCCUUUUCCUCUUCAUCAUGGUGCUCUUACACCUCUCCCAGUUGUCUCCCCAGUUCUGACUGGCAAAGACCUUUUAUGAAACAGACAAACACAUACGUACCACAGGGGGUCUGAUGUCCUUUUGCAUCCAGAUGUGGUAGUAUUCAUUCUUCUAAUUGAUAUAUUCAGGGAAGACUCCAGGAAGUGAAGUACAGCUGGAGGUAUUUUAAUACUGUGAGGAUUUGAUCCAUGGAUGUGGGUGUGAGUGAUUGCCUGAGGUACGCACACAUGAGCAAACUAGUCUCAUUCCUCCUGGCUACACCAGAGAGUGUUGCUCCGUGUCUUUUCUGCUGCUGCACAGCCAGCACUGCCCCUCAGUUGCCCAAGCAGCAGUUGUUUCAGCAGGUGCUGGGCCAGCAGCGGGUUCUCACACAAAAUAUUUGUCUGAAAGGCUGAGGGCUGCCCGGCCAAGCACAAGCCACCUUAAAGAUCAGUCCUGAGCUAUCAGAAGAGUGUGUUCUUGGGAAGGUCUUUUGCAGUCCUGAAUCAAAGUUAAUGUUUAGCAGGCCCCUUCUCGCUACCCUUCACCAAUAUGUGCCCAUGCACAAUUUAAGUCUAGAAUUUACUCCCAGGCACAGUGCUGUAGUCUUCAAAAAGUCAGUCAAUUUUUUAUUAUUAUUAUAUUUCUGCAUAGUGCUUUCUGUUAGAAUUGCCCUUAGUCAAAUUAUCUAGACUUAGAAUAUAGCAGGCUCACUAGUCAGACCAUGUUCUUCCUUAACUCUGGUGAGGAGCCCGGUUAAGAGGAUGAUACAACCAUCCCUAAGGAGAAGGGUGCCUGCUUAAAUUCCUUAGCCUGCCGCUGAUCCCGCUCUCAUGAGUGGAUCUCUGCUGUGAUGUCUAGCUGUUACCUGCUUGUGGAUAUUAGGGCUGAUGAUCUUUCAGUUUAUGUUCCAUGAACUGAACAGAGAAAUACGUCCAUGGUAAGGUCUCUUUUAACAUUCAUUUUGAACACUAACAAUCACAUCAGGAAAAGCACUGCAUUGUAACAGCCUAACGGUAGCCCUUUAUUCUAAGCACUUGGUGUUACAAGUCAAAAACUACUUUUUUUUUUUAUUUUGUUCUAAAGUUGUCUUUUAUUUAGGGUUUGAAUUAUGGGUUUGGUGAUUUUUUAAUUUUUUUUUAUAAGAAGCAAACUUUUUGAGGCAUAUAAGAUAUGUAAGUCAAUCUGCAAAACCAGGUACAGGUUUUUUAAUAGGAUCUGGCACACUACAUAUGCCACAACUAUAGGGUAUAAAGUCACACUGUUUAUUGGUGUUCACAUAUGUAAUAUUAGGGAACCUACUUCCAUUGUCUUUUCUUUACACUUCUGUAAAUGAUCCAUACCCUGUAUAUGUUAAUUCUUAAAAGCCUUAAUCCUUCAACUGUUCAGUGUGGGGUGUGUAGUCCAACAGGCUGCCUGUAAACUGUGAGCUCUUUUGUAAGCUGGAAGUACUUAUCUUGUUACUGUUACUUUUUUGUAGGAACCUUUUAAUUGAGAGCUGCCAAAGCAUUACAAUAUGCAGUGCCUUAGCAUUAUAUUCGAAGUACCUUUAGCCUCUUAACGUAAAUCCUAUAUAUUGUUUUAUUAAUUGGUUCCAUUUGAAAAAAAAAAAAAAACAAACCUGUAUUUUUUCCCACAGAAAUGCUCUUUGACUGCUUGGUGUAAACCAACCUUCUGUACAAGUCAGUCCCAUCACUACACAGCUAAAUGCCUAUACCAAAAGGAAAGGUUACAGAUUCUUAGUUCUCCGUGCAAAAUGAAUUGUAUUAAUAAAUGCUGCCUUUUUAAAUUUCAUGACCAAAUAAUUAAUUGUGACUCUUCUGCACUCUAGCAUGAAAGUGCCUUUGGUUUGAAAUUCCAGCUUAGAAAAGUGCUGCCAUAAUAAUGACAAUUUGUAGAGAGACCAAAAAUAUUUAGUUAUCACCGUAAUGCCUUUGGUUUAUUGGAAUAAGUUGAAUCUACAGGCCUCCAUUCACAAAAGAGCACCAUUUCUAGCAAAGUAUUUCUGCUAAUGAUCAACCUGCUGAAGAAUAAUCUACUGUUUGCCAUUUCUGACAGCAUUGCAAACCAGCAACUGAUUUGUCUGUGAUACAAAAGUGAAAAUGCUUCAAUUUAUAUUCUUUUCAUCCAGUUGUGCAUCUGCAUAAUGAGAGAUCCAUACACUGCAGAAUUUCAGACAGUGGACAAAUGUGACUUUGUUGUUCUCCUCUAAUAAUAUUUUGGUAUCUGUGAAGAUUUUUUUGUUUAGACAGAAGAUUUUGUUUACAAAGUUGUGCAUGCUAAAAGUCAGAUGCAUAAAACAAGAUGGAAAUGCAGAACAGAGAACAGCUAGGGUAAAUGCAAUUUUGUGUUUCUAAGCAUGGAGAUGUUGAGUGUGAGCAUUGGGGAUGAAGGUGCUGUUAGAGAAACUCUGGCCAGCAUGAUUCAAAACACAGGGUUGUUUUGGUUUGGUUUUCUCCCAGAUGAUGUCUUGGAAAAAAUAAUUAGCUCCUCUUAAUACUCUAUCUGUAUUUCAUACCUUCUGUGAACGGGGGCCAUACUGUACAGCGCAACUAAAAGUGAUGGGAAGAGGAGCAAGAUUUAAGAAAAUGAUGUUAGAAAGAACAAAUAUCAGCAAAACCAAAAGCUGUCAGAAGGAUUAUAUAGUUGUGAAUACAAUUUUAACUUGAUUUUUAAAGUAUUUGAUGAAAACUAAGAUUAACUUUUUAUAUAUAGAAAUAUUGUGACACUGUGUGGUAAAUAUUGUGAUAAUUCAAGUUCCCCAUCUCUAAAAUAUUAUUUUUGUUAUUCCUUCAAGGUCUAAAUCUCACCUCUAUAAAACAAGUAAUCCUGUUGAAGUCAAUGAGACACUUUCGCCCCAUGAGUAGAGCAGAUAUAUUACCAAACAUUUCAGCUGUGGUAGUCAGUAUUCAUGAUAAACCACACUUCUGUCUUGUUAAAAUAUUAAAAUAAACAUAAUGGUACUAUUUUGUGCUGUUAAAAAUCACUACUAACAAAUGUAGUUUUACUUACUUGAAUUCCAAAAGGAUUUUAUUUAGGUACUGCACCACUAUUUUGAAGGAAUUGCAGAUCUAAUGCCUGUUUCUCACUUUCCCUUUCACUGCAGCUACAGCUCAUUAAGUAAGUCUGGCAGCAGCUUCCUCUGUUGCGACCUCCACAGGUUUCAACUGUGGAGCUAUCUGAAAUAAUGAAGGGUGUGCAUUAAUGUUGAAUGUAAGUAACUGUCCAGUUCAAGGCAGAUACAGCAUUUGACGUACUAAUCCAGAUCUAUUUAUUUCUCCACUGCAAGUCCUAGGGCAUACUUAUGUUCUGUAGCAGUUCCCCUAACAUUUUUCCUUUAUCACUCACUCAGUCAUACUGAGAAACCUUUUGUCUACCCCUUACUUGACCCGUGCUGAUACACGUACCCAGUCCCACAGCAGAUGUGUAUGACAGAGUCCAGUUUUGUACUUUUCUCAGGAUGAUCUUUUUUCCCCCCUCUCAUCUUUGAUAACGAGACAUUUAGCCCCCUGAAAAAGAUUGAGGCUGGAUAAGUCAAAGUACAAGAAACACUCUCGACAUCACCAUCUUUUUAACUUUUCAGGUAAUUCUUGCUGAGAUCAUGUAAUUAGUUUUAGUGUGUAAAUUAAAUCUUAAAUGCACUCAGUUGACUAAAAGGAGAUGGAUCCCUGUUACCUCCUUACAGGAUAUGUGUUUUUGGUUUUGCUUUGUUUUUAUGGGCCUCCUAUUCAGGCUCAUGACUGCAGACAAAAAAUACAAUAUGUGCCUGAAAAAAAAAAAAGACAAAAGAAUUUUAUAACAUUGAAAACCUGAAUAGCCUUUAAUUCUUCAGUACAUUUUAUGUAAAACAGGUUGGGGUUUUGUUUUGUUUUGGGGUUUUUUUGCCAUGUGCAUUUGUUCACAUUUGUAAAUGACUUAAUGGAAUUCUCACUUUAUGUUUAUUUGUGUAAUGUGUAUAAAAUGGGUUUGUGACUUAAGCAUAUUCAUAUAUGGUCAGUGGUUACUUUAAUAUUGUACUGCUGCUGGUAACUUUUGAUGUAGAACUUGCCUUUUGACGAUAAAGUACCUCUAGGUUAGACAGUGAGGGAAGGCUCUUUGAAAAAAGUGAAUGUUCUCCAAUGUUCUUAACAUAUUUGCAGAAGCUUUCAAAAGGAGUUUCAGUCAAACCUCUUGGCAGUACAGUAUUCUUGUAUUUGUUAUUGUCUGUGUGUAGGUACUGGUACCUUUUUUUGUUUAAAAUGUUUUAAGUGUUGGCUUUAAAGUGACUUUAUCUUUAGUAUGAUAGUAAUAUGAAAAUUAUAGGUUUUGUGUGCAGAGAAUUUUUUUAUAAAGUGCUUUGUAAAAAAAAAUGUAUUCUAGCUUUCGCGGUACAUAUGUGUGAUAACUUUAAUAUCCAUGACAGUUAAGUGCAAUUAUUUCAUCACUCUAAAAAUGCUAUUUUUGUGUCGGUUACUGCAGGUGUUUUCAUGUCUUUGCAAAGUGACACAUUUUGAUGCCUUCUUGAUAAAGUGGUAGAAUUUUUGUAGCUUUCUAGAAACUUUGUAUUCAUACAGUAUCGAUUGAAAAUAAAGAAAAUGAAAGUGUUUUGUGCAUUUA